GAGUGCCUCAAAAAGAUGGGCUGUGUGGGUCCUUUAAAAAGUUUGCAUCGAUGGAAACAGGGCAGCAGAGGAUUUCUUCGUUAAGCCAAGAAACGCUAAGGCUGUGGAGAUUAGGACGCACAUCCCACCAAGUUUGAGAGAAGGGCGUGUGUGUUCAUGCAGAACCUACAGAACACACCAGUGGUAUGUUGGAAGUUGAGAUGAGACUCGGACUGAAAAGCCUCCAAACAGACUGAGCGGGCAAAGUUUCACACGGGUUCUUUUUUUUUUUUUUUUGCUUUUAUCUGAUGCAGUACACUGUUGACUGUGAACAUGAUGUACACACACCCACGACUGCUUGGGGGGAAAAUACCUUUUAUAAACAAAGUGUGAUAUGGGGAGGGGACGACUGAGCCGGGCACGCAGGGGAAGGUGUGAAGUUCCAGCACCCCAGCAGCAGCGAGCUGGGACCCCUGCCCGCCCUCGUGGAGGCUGCUCCCACCUGCAGCGCCGGUGGCCCGGCCUCUCUGCCUCCAGGGCAUCAACUCCACCCCGCCGAGUGCGCCCCUUCCCCGAUGGGUCACCAUGGCCGGUCCCUGAAUGCGGUGGUCAGAGUUCUGGAGCGCCAGCUGCCAUGUUGGACGCUCUUCAGUUUGGGUUAAGAUCCGUGCUGUUAUCUUCCAUCUACUUAUGCCAAGACGCUCUUUAGUAUAAACAGUAUAUUUAUCUUAACCGCUUGACCUCUAACUUCUACCUUGAAAUCCUCAACAGAAGAAUGGGACACGUUUUCUACUUGUUGGGAGGGGGCGGGAUCUUAGCCUCCCCCUCUCCCUAGUCUGUUGGAAAAUCUGCUCCUACUCCCCAAAUUGUGGGACGAUCCUUUAUUCUGCCAAACACUGUCAGUCAAGGUGGCAUUUUACCGAUUUUUUUUUAAAGAAUACAGAAUAAUUCACUGCAGGUUAGUUCCUUUAAUCCUAGACCAAAUGUCCCAGAACAGUGUUAACUGCAGGAAAUUUUUCUGCAAGAGCUUCUCAUUUUUAUGACAAUAAAAUCUGCUCUGGAAUGAAUGGAUUCAGCCCAAAUUCACUUCUUUGGAAAGGUGUUUGGAGGUUUUAAUUAUGCUCCGUCUGACUUUUUCUUUCAGUUAAAGCUUUUGCACGUCUCAUUCCAUUUUAACAGAAAGUACAGAUUCUUUAUUCACAGGGAGGGAAGUGCUUUUUAAGCGAGACAUCGACUUAGGAAAUCAAGUUUACCAUCUUGGAAAGGUGUGAGAAGGGGCGCGCAGAACCCCUGUAGGAUGUGUAAUUGAUGUUCCUUUAUCCAGUUCUCACCUUCCGGUUUCAAACACCGGGGACGACCUCGCUUCUCCCUGCUGAUGCCCAGCCUUCAGAAAAGAAAAGAAAGGGAGAAAGACACCCUCCGGUUAAGUCAGUCCGCGCGCUAUUCUUAGCUUUUUUCGUAAGAAGGUGACACAUUAUUUCGUUUCCAAAUAUUUCUAACGAUUUUCUGCUCAAGUGUAAGAUAAUGGAGCCAAGAGUUUGUAGGAAUGGCGAAGAGAGGGUGGGGGAUGGGGAAGGCGUUUUUGAUAAACCGUUUGUUGCUCACGGGAGGGUAACUAUUUCUGCUGAUUCUCCAGGCUGAGAUUUUUUUGUUUCUUCUUUCAUUUUUCCUUUCCUUUUCUUUCUUUCUCUCUUUCUCUCUUUAUUUUUUUAAGGGAAGCUCUGGUUUGGACGACUUUGUUUGUCUCCCAGUAUUUUGAAGGCUUUUGCUCUGGACUUGAGUCUUCGUGUUUGGUUUUUUGUUCAGAGAAAAGCAUUUCCCUCCCCUCUGAGGACUGCCCUGUUUCACAAUAAACAUGACGAAGGGGUUCAUCACGCUUUAGUGUAAAUAAACCAAGUGACUCUGGAAGGGUAUAUAUUUGGGGAAAGCGCGCACCGCCCUAUUCUUUUUCCUGGGGUUCCUCGAUUUUAGUCUUUUGAGUGGAUCCGCCUGUCAGAUCGCUUAGAACCCUGCACUCAUUAAAAACAUAUAUUUUAAAUUAAAGCGGGGGGUACAAGGCGAGUCUCCAAAUGCGCGUGUCCUUCCUCGCCUGUCUUUCUUUUUCUCGCUCUCUCGCCCUUCUUGUCCCUGGCCCCCCAGCCAGGGCCCCCUUGCCCAUUGCUCCUGCUGCUCUUGAACUUGUUUCUGAUGGAGCGGAAGGCGAGGGCUCCUGACCCUCACGCAGCUCUUCCCAAAGCCCAGAUUUGUUGGUGUGAACGCAUCCGACAUCAACUAUUCAGCGGGCAGAUAUGACCCUUCCGUCAAGCCCCCCUUUGACGCGGGUUUCGAAGGUAUAGGAGAGGUGGUGGCCUUGGGCCUCUCCGCCAGCACCACACACACAGUUGGCCAAACUGUGGCCUACAUGGCCCCUGGCUCUUUUGCUGAGUACACAGUGGUGCCAGCCAGUGUCGCCACUGCAGUGCCGUCUGCAAAACCCGAGUAUCUCACCCUCCUGGUGAGUGGUACCACCGCCUACAUCAGCCUGAAAGAGCUCGGAGAACUGUCGGAAGGAGGUAGAGUCCUGGUGACUGCAGCCGCGGGGGGGACCGGCCAGUUCGCUGUCCAGCUUGCGAAGAAGGCCAAGUGCCACGUCAUUGGAACCUGCUCUUCUGAUGAAAAGGCCGCGUUUCUGAAAUCUGUUGGCUGUGAUCGGCCCAUCAACUAUCACGCCGAGCACGUCGGGGCCGUCCUGAAGCAGGAGUACCCCGAAGGUGUCGACGUGGUGUACGAGUCCGUCGGGGGCGCCAUGUUUGACUUGGCUGUAGAUGCCUUGGCUACCAAAGGGCGCCUGAUAGUCAUUGGGUUCGUGUCUGGCUACCAGACUCCGACUGGCCUUUCGCCUGUGAAAGCAGGAGCAUUACCAGCCAAACUGCUCAAGAAAUCCGCCAGCGCCCGGGGCUUCUUCUUGAACCAUUACCUUUCUGAGUAUCGAGCCGCCAUGGAUCACUUGCUUAAGAUGUACACGAGCGGGGAGCUGGUUUGUGAGGUGGACCUUGGAGACCUGUCUGCAGAGGGCAGGUUCACUGGCCUGGAGUCUGUAUUCCGGGCCGUCGAUUAUAUGUACAUGAGGAAAAACACAGGGAAAAUUGUAGUUGAGCUACCUCACGCUGUCAACAGUAAGCUGUAAAACAAUGGCAUAAAUAAAAGGAGAAAAAAAAGGACACUUUAUGCCUCAGAAUUACUCAGAUCAAUUAUUUUUACUUGGUAAUGGAGAUAAUAUGCCUUAAAACAAAAGUUUUAAUGAAAUUUUUCUCUUUCUCUUUUCUUUACUUCUUUUUUUUGGCCCCUCCCUUGCGGGGAAAAAAAAAAACUGUGCUAAUAAAACUUCCCUCAGUGGCUCAGAGGUAAAA